AAGAAGAGGAAGUUUGGACUUUUCACGUUAUACUCUUAGUUUGGCAAUCUCUUCGAUUUGUGAAGUGAGAAUCACAAUGGAUGAUAUUUUAUAUUGGAAAGAGGAGCUUUUGCUUCGAGGACCCAUGUUGAAAUUUGCAAGUUAUUUGUGAAAAUGCGAACUACACGUACAGUAAAUAUGGCGGGACUUUCAAACCAUGUUUUGCGAGUUGAGAAAGCUGUUUCACUAUCGUUGCCUUUAAAAUCUGCCUCGGCGUUUUACAGGACAUUUCCAUCGGCGGGAAAAUCUUCAUCCUCUUAUGUUCCUCUGAAAACAGUGUCAAGUAUUCAAAAUCGCACGCGAUCUCUGGUUCAAGCUUUACGAUCUGCAAAAAAUGAACAGUCAUGGUUGAUUCGUCUAGAAGAAUUUAACGACCACAUCCUUCGUUAUCAAAGUGUCGGCAGGAGUCAAGCUAUUCGAGAAGAAGCCAUCAGCUUCCUGCUAAGUGUUCGAAAGAAGGGAAAUAAAGAGGUUCGAAAGGAAGCGCAAAAAGCGUUGGCUUUACUGGGAUGGAUCGAUCCCGUCAAGGGAAGAGGAAUCAAAGUACUGUCUAUCGAUGGAGGUGGAGCAAGAGGCUUGAUGGCUAUUGAGAUCUUGAAAAGAAUUGAAGAACUGUGCAACAAGGAGAUUUACCAAUUAUUUGACUUUAUUUGUGGUGCAUCAACGGGUGCCAUUCUUGCAUUUCUGCUUGGUAUCAAGAGAGUUUCACUAGAGGAGUGUGAGCGCACUUAUAAAAAGCUCAGCAUGGAAAUAUUCGAACAAAAUUCUUUUAUCGGAAAAGGAAAAUUAUUUUUGAAUCAUGCUUAUUAUGACACAGCCAAAUUUGAACAGAUUCUCAAGAAAGAAAGUGGAGAUGAGAGAUUGAUAGAUUCAGCAAGAGACCCAACAAUACCUAAGGUGGCAGCUGUAUCCACUGUAGUGAACCAUUCCUUACUCUUGCCGUAUGUCUUCAGUAACUACACACAUCCUUAUGGUUCCAACUCCAAGUUUCCUCAGAGCUGUAAGUACAGGCUGUGGGAGGCACUCAGGGCAUCUACUGCUGCUCCUGGUUACUUUGAAGAGUUCAAACUUGGAAAUAACAUCCAUCAGGAUGGUGGACUCCUCACAAACAACCCUUGUGCAAUAGCUGUCCAUGAGGCCAGACUACUGUGGCCAGAUGAGUCCUUUCAAUGCAUUGUGUCUCUUGGUACUGGCAAGUACAAAGGAAGGUCUGGCCCAAGCACUGAGGAGUUUAGCAGUCUGAAGGAAAAAAUGCUAAAAGUUGUGGCCAGUGCAACAGAUACUGAAGCAAUAGACACUGUUCUCAGUGACAUACUACCCAAGUCAGUCUACUUCCGGUUGAACCCAAACUUGUCAGCUAAUGUACCCAUGGAUGAAGGCAGGAUUGAAAUGUUGGAGCAAAUUCAAUUUGAUGCGAGAAAACAUUUGGGAAAAAUUGAUGAAACUUUAAAGACUUGUGCAAAAAAUCUUCUUCAAGACAAGACUGUACUAAAUCGGGGAAUGGACAGGUUUAGAAACUGGUAUAGAACUAUAUGAGCAGACAUUUUUGCUAUGACUCUCUACACCAUAAGAUCAGAACGCAUAUUCUCCAUACCAUUUUUUUACAUAUUUCUUAAGCUGCUGGCAAGGAG